AUGACCGCAGAUGAUGCACGCUCCGAGGAAGAAACUAGCCUCGAUGCACUUGCCGAGAACAUUGCUGAUGACAUUCCCAUUCAGCCUGAGCUUGCGCCUGUGGCAGACGAUGAGCCUGCAUCCACACUAGGAGUCCAUGAUAAGGUCGACGAGGAACACAUCACGAUUGAUGAGAUCCACAGCUCACAAGCAGAGGAUGUGGACGAGGACACUGUUUCCGAGUUGGAAGGCUCAGGUAUAGAUGAUCAUGAUAUGAGGAAUGAGAUGAGAUUUGGUGGUAUUAGGCGGAUAGAUGAAGAGUUUGAUGAUGAGUUUGAGGACGUACCGGAAGGUUUCGAUGUUGAUGAUUUCUUUCCGGACUCCAUAGACUCGGAACCCCUGCACGAGGGCACAACAAACACCCUUCUGACUUCCAUGACGACUUCAUCGAGCGUACGGGAGACAGACUCUUCCCGGGAGAGUCAAUUCGAGAUUUUCCUGAUGAUUGAGAGCCGGAAGUAUCUGAAGACAACAAUUGUUGCGUCCUAUCUUUCGAGUAACCGGGCUCAAAAGGUUACUAUCCGGACUCUUCGAGCUCGAGGUGUUACACUUGAGGACUUACGAAGAGGAGACUCCAGCUUGAACUCUACUGAGCUGGUUGGAGACGAUGUCAUCAAUGCGGGAGAUCUUGUUGCUGGUCUUGUUCGUGUCAGCGGGUCAGUUUGCCCGGCCGUUUGGAGAUUAAAGGAUUUUGAGUCGGAGAUCAUGGAUAUAUGUGUACGCGUGGAUGGCGAGAGUUGGGAAUGGAAUGGGAAGUAUGUGCGGUUAGUGCCAGAGAGGGGAGAGAGUGGCAGUCGAAGUCACACACACCGUCAAUUCGUACUAGAGAUCCCCGCAAUCCUUCCGCAUCCUCUCAGUCCAACAAUCUCUGCAAGAGAGUGUGAAAAUGAUGUAUCCAUCCAUUUAAAGCACACCUGGACUUUGUCGCAGCAGCAAUUAGAUGAAGUCUUGGAUGAUGCAUGGUCCUGGCUCAAACCUGAAUCAGAAGAAGUUCUCAGUAACAUUCAGAUCCUACCGGCCAUUGAGGAUACGGAGACCUUACCAUACCGCAACCAUGAAGGCACGAUGCCUGGUUUUUAUUAUUAUUUUAAUCUUUAA